AUGAGUGAUAAGUGUGGAGUACACAUUGUUUUCCAUCUUAUUUUACCUAAGUUGUUGUUUCAUACUAAAAUACUCUCCUAUGAUCACCAACAUGGAAUUAAAGAUAUGGCUACUGCUGAUACCUGUAUUCAAACUGAUAAGCGGGUAUGGUCUGUUGGUGGUACAAUUACUGAUAACUUACAGAACUCUUACAGGAAAGAAGAAGGCGAGAACAAGAGAGAGGAGAGACGAUUGGUAAAACACCAGAGGAGUGUCGUGACUUUGGAUUAUGGGAAGAAAUAUAUCAUUGUUAGGGGUGAUACUAAGCAUGACGAAGCUGUUUCGUUCGAUCUCAAAAUCAGAAAUAUCUUUCGGAAAAAUAGUGAUUCUUGA